GUGCGUCCGUUGCCUGUGCAUUGCCGUAGAGGUGAGCCACUCCUUAUUAAAAGGCCUACCAGUGCUGUAUCGCAUAGGGGACUGGUAUGCUAGUGAAUGCCAGUGCAAAACACACACUCUUGCAGACUGACAGUGCGUUUAGUUGUGUGCGGAGAGAGUGCUUACAAUAUACUGACGAUCAGUGUUUGACUCCAUAUAUGAUAAUAACAGUUGUGUUGUAUUCACAGCCCAUUCAUACCACUCACACGUUAUAAUCGGUAUUUUCGGUACCGAUUAAAGUUUGUGUUAAUUUCUAACACCCAUUACCCGGAUCACUUGGCAAUCGGUGGCUCACAUACCCGGCUAACACACCAUGGCUGACGAUAAUGACGGCGAUGAGUUCGAGUUUGAAUAUACCAAGGUACCCUAUAUCAAAUAUUAUGUGGGGUUUCGAGAGUCGAUAACUCCCUGCAUAUCCAUUGCCAUUAUAACUGUUAGGUUAGGUUACAUACUUAUUGAGGAUUAUAUGUUUGUUUUCGGAGAGAGAUGGGGUGAAAGUGAAUGGUUGGCUUUGAGCGCCGCGAGUAAUAGCGCCGUUCAUGUGACCAGUUAUACUAGCGCCGGGAUUAGGCACACGGAUGAUCACCACAACAGGCUGUCACUCAAAGCGCGCAUACAUUAA